AAACAGGACCGACCUGAGCCUGGAACCCGGCUGAGGUGAGGCAGGAUGGCCCAGGGAAUCCUGGCGGAGGUGAUGGCCGACACGGCGCUGGUUAAAGAGCUGGCCGACGUGGCGAAGGACGAGGCGCUGCUGAAGGGAGUUCUGAUGAGGAUCCAGGAGACGCCCAACUCCUCCGAGCUGGUGACCUACGCUCCGUUCACGCUCUUCCCCACGCCGGUUCCCAGAGCCGUCUUCUUCCAGGCCAUGGAGGUGCAGAUUCACUACAACACGCUGGUGGACCGGAUCAGCCGGGACCACGACUUCCUGCGGGACGCUCUGGCCAGCACCGUGGAGGUGGACCAGUUCACCGCCAGGUUGUUCAGCAUCCACCAGCAGAUCCUGGCCGAGGGAGGCUCUCAGGCGGUGGUUCUGGGCCUGAACCGCUCCGACUACAUGCUGGACCAGCAGGACGACCGGUCGUCCUCGCUGAAGCAGAUCGAGAUCAACACGUUUGCCGCCAGCUUUGGAGGUCUGUCGUCACGCAUGCCGGACGUGCACAGGCACGUCCUGAAGGUGGCCGGCCGGCUGGACGAGAGCCGGCGCAUCCUGGACAACGACCCGGCCGCCGGUCUGGCCCGGGCGGUGGCCAAGGCCUGGGAGCUGUACGGGUCCGAGCGAGCGGUGGUCAUGUUCCUGGUGGAGGACGUCCAGAGGAACAUCUUCGACCAGCGCUACGUGGAGGCCGAGCUGUGGAAGAGAAACAUUCCCACCGUCAGGAAACGGUUCGACGACGUCUGCCAGACGGGAACCCUCGGUCCGGACAGGAAGCUGUUUGUAGGCGGCCGGGAGGUGGCGGUGGUCUACUUCAGGAACGGCUACAUGCCCCAGAACUACACGUCCGAACAGUGCUGGGACGCUCGCCUCAUGAUGGAGCGCUCUCUGGCCGCCAAGUGUCCCGACAUCAGCACCCACCUAGCCGGGACCAAGAAGGUCCAGCAGGUGCUGGCCCGGCCCGGGGUUCUGGAGAGGUUCUUCCCAGACCAGCCCGAGGUGGUGAAGCAGAUCAGGGCCACGUUCGCCGGCCUCUACACCCUGGACAUGGGACCGGAGGGGGAUGAAACGGUGGCGCUGGCGCUGGCGGCACCGGACCGCUUCGUCCUGAAACCCCAGCGAGAAGGAGGAGGCAACAACAUCUACGGGCCGGAGAUCUGCCAGGUGCUGGGGGCGGUGAAGGGCUCGGAGCGGACGGCCUACAUCCUGAUGGAUAAGAUCCACCCGGCCCCCGCCCAGAACUUCCUGCUGAGGCGCGACGGCCCCCUCACCGCCACCAGCUGCCUGAGUGAACUGGGCGUGUUUGGAGCGUACGUCCGGCGGGGCGGAGAAACGCUGCUGAACGAGUGCGUGGGUCACCUGCUGAGGACCAAGAGCUCGGAGCACUCGGACGGCGGCGUGGCGGCCGGCGUGGCCGUGCUGGACAACCCCCUGCUGGUCUGAGACCGGACCUCCCGCCGGGAUCCCUGGAGACCAGACCUCCCGGACGCUGAGGUCU